GUGGAAAAGUGCCAAACUCUCAAACCCAAGCAGUAGCACGAACGGAAGUCGCCGAGAGAGAGGCCAGAAGGAAGUUGCGGAGAGAGAGACGCCGUCGCCAGCCUGCACGCUCAACUGCUGCUGCCCGCCAGUCACCGAGAGAGAGACGCCGCUUUCCGCCAGACGCCACCUCGCCGGAAAUUCUCCAGCCUCCAGGUUCCAGAGUCCAGUUUGUUUUUGCUUCCGCAGAUCGGGUUUCAUAUUGUUCCAAGUGGUACGUCCAAUUACGAGCAAGGCGCCUUUAGUAGCCGGAAGGAGUCAAAGCCGUCUGCUGUGGUUUUGUGAUCUUCGUUAUUCAUAUUGGUGUUCAUAAUCCAAGCGAUUUUCAGAAUGUCAGAGAAAUUCUCGGCGACAUUGAGAAUCGGGGAUCUGAAUGAUUUCAUAGCUCCAGCUCAAGGCUGUGUUGUUUCCCUAAAAAAUGAAUCUACUAGGCUCGUCAAAUCUGAGCGCUUGGGGAAGGAGGUUGUAGCUUCAAAACCCUCUGUGCAAAGUGAGGCUGUAAAGAUUUCUCUCAAGGACUGUUUAGCAUGCAGUGGAUGCGUUACAUCAGCAGAGACGGUAAUGCUCGAGGAGCAGAGCACUGAUGAGUUUCUUUCAAAUAUAAACAAAGGCAAGACAGUAGUUGUCUCUCUUUCUCCUCAGUCUAGAACUUCACUUGCGGUUCACUUCAACAUUUCCCCACUUCAGGCCUUUAGGAAAUUGACAACAUUUUUUAAGUUAUUGGGUGUGAAGGCUAUAUUUGAUACAAGCUGCAGCCGAGACAUAACUCUUAUUGAAUCUUGUAAUGAGUUUGUAGAACGUUAUAAGCAGUCCCAAUCAGCUGGUGGAAAGGAAUCAAAUUCUCGUAUACCUAUGAUAUCUUCUGCAUGUCCAGGGUGGAUAUGUUAUGCUGAGAAAACACUUGGAUCAUACAUUCUUCCUUUCAUUUCCUCUGUCAAGAGCCCCCAACAAAUUAUUGGUGCUGUCUUAAAGAAUUUUGUAUACCAAAAGCUAGAUAUCAGGCCCGAGGAAAUAUACCAUGUGACAGUGAUGCCGUGUUAUGACAAGAAACUUGAAGCGUCACGUGAUGAUUUUAAAUUUAAUGUGGAUGGUGAUGGUGAAGAAAUUAAAGAGGUAGAUUCGGUGUUGACCACGCGAGAGAUUUUGGAGUUGAUACAGUCGAAGGCCAUUGAUUUUAAAGCCUUGGAAGAGUCUUCAUUAGAUAAAUUGCUAACAAAUAUUGAUGAUGAAGAACAUCUUUAUGGAGUUCCUGGGAGCUCAGGAGGCUAUGCAGAGACAGUUUUUCGUUUUGCUGCUAAAAUACUGUUUGGGAGGGAAGUUGACAAUCCUUUGAAGUUUAAUAUAAUAAAGAAUUCAGAUUUCCAAGAAGUGAGUUUAGAGGUGGAGGGAAAGACUGUUCUCAAAUUUGCACUGUGCUAUGGUUUUCGAAAUCUGCAGAAUGUGGUUAGGAAAAUCAAAAUGGGGAAGUGUGAUUAUCACUUUCUAGAGAUCAUGGCUUGCCCUUCAGGGUGCUUAAAUGGUGGGGGUCAAAUAAAACCAAAUCCUGGUCAAUCUGGGAAGGAGCUUAUCCAGAUGUUAGAGAAAGCUCACAUGGAAAAUGUCUUAGUGGCCAACCCAUCCGAGAAUCCCAUUAUAAAGAGACUAUAUGAGGAGUGGCUUGGGUAUCCCGGCUCGGAAAAGGCCAAAAGGUACCUUCACACCGAGUACCAUCCGAUAGUUAAGAGUAUAACUUCUCAGCUACAGAACUGGUAGUACGUGGAGAUGAAAUGUGUCGUGCAUCGUCUAGCUUUGCUCCUCUUUCAGCACAGUUUUGUAGAUAAAAUGAUAUUCACCUGUGGUUUUCUGGUAUUUAUUCAUUUUACAAUAUUGCACUUUGUAAAUAAUAUCUCAUGAAUCGUCAUCUUCGACUUUGUGUUAUUAAUUAAGCUAUAACUAAACCUGUUAGCCAUAGGUGGAAUAAUGUUUAGUAUGUUUGUGGGGAAACUAGUGAUGGGGGAGAGUUUUGUCUUUAGGUUAGGCUAUUUAUGCAAAGUAUAAACUCCUCUCAUAUGG